GGAGGCUGUGAUCAUAAUGUGCGCCCCCUUCUUUUUAUUUCUGGCGAUUCCUGCAAAGAUUGUGGAAGUCUCCGAGUGGUUGAAAACUUGGGACUUUGGAGAGAGAAGCGAAAGAGAUGUCGAGGGACGAGUUUGAUUUCAGUGAUUCGUUUUAGCCUGGGAAUAACAGGACUUUAUGAAUUUGGAGAGUUUUGUUGCUAUAGUUAAAGGGUUUUUUCUGGAGUCCUCGAUUAAGCUAUGAGUAAAUCCCCCCUUUUAAUAGUCGGAGGAACCCCGCCCUUCACCUGUUCCCGUUAAGGUAAUUUAACUGUGGCAACACUUCCAACAAGAAUGGCCAGUGGAACUGUAGUUCUCAUCCCCUCAAAUGGAGCAAACAUAAUUCAAACGGCCCCUGGAUUGUCUAGCGCUGCUCUUCAGGCAUCUGGAGCAAUUCCAUAUCCUCAGUAUGGAGCUCAGCAACUUGGAAUUUCCAACAAUGCUCCUCAACAAGUCCAACAAAAGGGUCCUUUGGAGAGAUUCUUCAACGCUGAGCCCAAAGUGCUUGGGGCUGUCCAAAUCAUGAUUGGUCUGAUUCACAUUGGCUUUGGGGCUGUCUCACUUCGUCUAUUUUCUCGUUACUAUCUUCCCUUGUCUGCAAUUGGAGGUUACCCCUUUUGGGAAGGGAUAUUUUUUAUUUCUUCUGGAUCACUUUGUGUAGCAGCUGCAAACCGUCAAAAUCGUGGUUUGGUGAAAUCCAGUAUAUGGAUGAACAUCACAAGUGCUAUAAUGGCAUUAACUGGUAUCAUCCUGUACCUGUAUGAGAUGGUCACCAACAGACCUUCUGUAUCUAACACUACAGUUAUAAACAGUGUCGGCUAUGGUGUCUCCGUUUUGCUGUUCUUGUUCAGCCUGCUGGAAUUCUGCAUCACUGUUUCACUGGCUCAUUUCGGCUGCCAGGCAACUUGCUCUAGUGGUGCCCAGCCAACCAUGGUUUGUGUGCCUUACCAAGUCAUUGGAGGUGGAGAAGUUGCAGCUGAACCAAAUUCUCUUCCUCCACCACCAACUUACGACAACGUGGUUACCAAAUCUCAAUAAAACAAGAACACCAGGAAGAAAAUGUGAGAAUUGUUAGCAACAGAGAUUUCAGGAGAAGCAAUGCAUUUCAUAUUACUUUAUUUUGUCCAGCUUGCUUGUUUAUUUUUCAAUUACAGCCUUUAAACACCAAAUUAAAUGGUGGCAAAUGUAAAAGUUCUUUGAUUUUACUUAAUAGUUGUAACACUUCCCUAGAAACAAGAAUUCAUCAGCAUAUUCAUGAGGAAGUGCACUCCUUGCAGUGGAUGAUGGAGGCUGUUUAUUAUCUCUUGUUUAUACUCUGAAUGAUGUUUGUUUUUUAUGACAACUAUGGAAUUAAAUAGGAGAUCUGAUGCUACAGAAAAGAAAAAGCUACUAAAAUUAGAACAUAUAAUUGAUACAAUACAGGAAGUUCUUGACUUACGACUGCAAUUUGGACCAGAAGAUCCAUUGCUAAGCGAGGCAGUUAAGGGAAUUGUGCCAGAUUUAGGACCUUUUUUGGCACUGUUCUUAAGUGAAUGAUUCUGCUUGUUCAGUGACUCAUGUGGUCCUUAAGUGAAUCUGGUUUCCCACAUUUGACUUUUUAAAAUCCAGCUGGGAAGGCCACAAAUAGUAAUCACCCACCCUGGUAUGCUGUGAUACAUACAUGCUGGUUACCAAGCAUCUUGAGUUUUGAUUACAUGACCCUGGGGAGGCUGCUACCUGUGAGGAUUGGACAUGAGUCACUUUUUUUUCCAAGUCUGUUGUAACUUUGAAUGGUCACUCAAUGACAAGUUGUAAGUUGAGAACUACCUGUAAUAGUGGUUGCAUAAUCACUGUGAUCCCAAAACAGAAGUUUGCAUAUAACUACAGUAUUCCAUAUUGUUAGGGCACUUAAGCUGAUGAAAAACAAAGAUUCCAUGCAAAUUGCCAUUUUUUGUUCUUUUGACUAUCGUCCCAUCUCCAACAGGGGCAGCUGUAAACACAUCCAUUAGCUGUAUUCUUGAAGAGUUUACAGUUGUGUAAACUGAGCAAUUCCAAAAUCAAAGCCAUUCGUACUUUUGGGGAGGGUAUAUGGGGGGGGGGGGCAACUAUGAUCUCUUUGUAACAUGUGGACUUCAACUCCUGAGCCUGCAGGGCUGAUUCAGGUAUUCUUGGAGUUGACAUCUACAGUUCCUAAAGGUGCCAGAGUUGCCCAUCCCUGGUACUGUAUAUGCCCCAAGAGACUCAAUUGGGAUGUAGAGAAGAUUCGUUGCUUCCUUGUCCAUAAUUACAUGGUGAAAAGUUUGACUCCUGCAAUGAUUUUACAGGUGUACAAAAUGUACAUUUGCACAGUUUUUGGGGUUUAAGUUGAUAGGCAGUAUCCUGAAUGUAAUCUAGCUCAAUUGAACUGAUGUCACUCUUACUUCCUUUCUUUGAUGAACCUGCAAAAAGAUGGGAAGCUGAACAAUUAGCUAGAACAAUCUUGAACCGAACACAUUCAAAAUUGUAGAAACGAUAGUAGAUUUUAGGAGAAGCCCUCCUAUUCUACCACCUCUUACAAUACUAGAAAACAGAGCAUGUUUCCCCAAGACCUGGUCUUAUUUUCUUUUGACCUCUGAAAUAAACGCAAGGCCAUAUUUUCAGGGGACGUUUUAAUCCUCCACCCCCAUGUACCAGUAUGAGGCAGAGGGGUGAGCUGCCCCAUGCGCCCUUCACCGGCUUAUUGAAGGGUUGCAGCAGGCCGUCCCAUCCACCCAUAUAGCUGACUCACAGCAGCUGCUCUGACCGCCUCCAACAAGCGUGGCCGCUUCUGCAGCUGAUUGCAGCCUGGCGCCUCGCACAGACAUACCAAAGGGUAUUUUAUCUUAUAUAUUGUAUCUGAUAUUAAUUAUGUUAAUGACAUUGUUUUAUUUAGUAUCCUAGUAUGAUUUGCGUUGAUUGCUUAUUUAGUAUCCUAUGACUAACACUGAGUGUUGUAUCUUAUGAUUUAUAAAGAAUGUAUUUUAUAAUUGUGAUAAUGAUUUAUCACUUCUUGCUUGUAUGUACACUGAGAGCUUAUGCACUGGAGACAAAUUCCUUGUGUGUCCAAUCACACUUGGCCAAUAAAAAAUUCUAUUCUGUU